AGCUCCGACGCGCAGGAUAAACACAGACCGAUAAACACAGACCGGUCCCCGCAGCAGAAACACCGCACACUCACGGCGCUUUUCUAAAUAGGGGAGGGGGGAUCCAUUGUUAGCUACUAACCGCUGAGAGGGUAAGGAGCAUCUCUGCAUCUACAUGGCGCCCAGACGGACCGUCAAGAUGGGGAAGGAUCCAAAGAAGCCGAGGGGCAAAAUGUCCUCAUAUGCCUACUUUGUGCAGACCUGCAGAGAGGAGCACAAGAAGAAACAUCCCGAAUCCUCUGUUAAUUUUUCAGAGUUCUCCAAGAAAUGCUCUGAGCGAUGGAAGACUAUGUCUCCAAAGGAGAAGGGCAAGUUUGAAGAUAUGGCCAAAACCGACAAGGUGAGAUACGAGAAGGAAAUGAAGAACUAUAUUCCCCCACAUGGGCAGAAGAAGAAGAGAUACAAGGACCCUAAUGCCCCCAAGAGACCACCGUCUGCAUUCUUUCUCUUCUGUGCAGACUUUCGUUCCAAGAUAAAAAGCGAAACUCCUGGGCUCUCCAUCGGGGACACAGCAAAGAAGCUGGGAGAGAUGUGGAAUGGCUCAUCUGCAGAAGAGAAGCAGCCAUACGAGAAGAAAGCUGCCAAGUUGAAGGAGAAGUAUGACAAGGAUAUUGUUGCUUAUCGUACAAAGGGCAAAGUGGAUUCAGCAUCAGCUGCUGCAGCGGAUGAUGAUGAUGAUGAAGAAGAAGGCGAGGAGGAGGAUGAAGAAGAGGAUGAUGAUGAUGAUGAUGAUGAGUAGUGAUGGGACCUGAAGUUUUGUUUAUGCCAUAUAAUCCUAAUGUACUCAAUUUACCAUCUGGAACCAAAGCCAGAUUGAACAAAAAAACAUGUAUAUUUAAUGUUUUUAAGAUGUACAGUGUUAUUCCAAUUUUUUUUUUCUCCCUGUUUUUUUUUUUGUGUAAAGGUAACACUACAUAUCCUGAGUUUGACAUUUUUCUAGUGGUUGUUCUUUGUCCCUGCCAUACUAUGUAACUACUUAGGACUAUAAAUCAGUAUGAAAGUGAAUAGUCUUUUGGUGUUGCAACUCAAAAAUGAGAUUACUAAGUUGAUUAUGUAUCUUUAAUUUGAAAAAUAUUUUUUUAUGUGACGUCCCAAUGUCUUUUUAUUGUCCUUUUGAAUACCACUCUAAUAUCAGAUGCAGCUGUCGACAUUCAAGAAUGUCCUAAAUAAAAUUUGUUCUUUUUUUU